CUGGCAAUUACCGUAGCUUGCCGGAUCGAUCAACGUUUGUAUACGUUGUUACGCUAACAACUCUUUUGGAUCAGAAACAAGAAAUAGAAUUUGAAACAAUGAAGAGAGAUACAAUUCGAUGCACAACCAAUGUCUGGCUCGCUUUCGCCCUCAUCAUUGCAAUAUGUAAUACAGCUGUGAACGGAUUUUCGAAUCCAUUCGGGGCAAGUAACAACAACGUCCAUGCGAUAUACUUGUCGGCACAGUCACCAUCGACCUUGUUCAUGUCGUCUUUUUCUGCGGAUGGGUCUGAAUAUUCCUCAAAAGACUCUGAUUACGACACGGAAGAUGUCGAAGAACGAAAUUGGGGCGAAAACAAUGAAUACGGCGAUGACCAAAACAAUGCAGAAACUAUAGAGAUGAAACCUGUUCCAAUGUCCAAGAAUGCGGGAAAUCGAUUCGUGGCCCUCUACUGGGAUCACGAACUCGAAGAGAACAAGAAAGAAGGGGAACAACGAGAGUCUUGGUGGUUGCACUACGAUCGCGACGAUCUCAACGAAGACCACGUUAUGUAUUGCCGCAAAAGCAACCUGUACAACGAAACUUUUAACCAGGAUAGCAUGGUCGAUGUCAUGAGAAGUUUGCCAAUGUGAGUUGCUGGAGUGGCUGGAUUGUUCCGGGUUGGAUCGAUGAUGUUUUCAUUUGCGACUCAUUCGUCGAAUUGCGAUAGCGUUUGAUUCCUUCGAAGGCGAAGGGAGGAAAUACAACGAGCACGAUCAUAGAUGUCGUAGGAAUGCAGCUUCCCUCAUCAGACAUGCAAGAAAUACUGAAAAAUUCUCACUCAAUCGUUUUUACUCUGUCUAAAAUAGUCUGGCUUCCGAUUUGAAGCGCAUCGUUGGACAUUGCAUGGUACUAGAAUCCACUGAUCUAAAAUAUGUCAAGGACCUUUUGCGGGAAGAGCCAAUUCUCAAGAGUCUCACCGAUAAUGGUGAACGCGUCGACGAAGUGCCCAUCUAUCGCUGGAGGCAGAUUCGUGACUAUACUCUGAGACAGGAUGAUGGACGAUUUGGGUAUCCCUGCCUGGCAGUCGCUUUGGACGACGACCCAGAAAACAUUGGUAACAUCCGCUCCGAAACAGAAAAGGCGGUUCUCGAAUACCUCAUCAAGAGCCAAAAGGUCAUUAUGGGUGGGCCACUUCACCUGCCCACGCAAUUCAAGGACGAUCCAUCGAGCAUUGCCGUGGGCGAUCUGAUCAUGUUCAAUGCCAAAGACCGCGAGGAUGCCAUCAACUUUGUCGAAAACAUGCCCUCCUCCCAGGCUGGCCUGUACAAAGACCUUCGGGUUCACUUUUACAAUCAGCUUGAUGUUACGGGAAAAUUUGUCUCGGAAGAUCCCAAUCGAGACGCACCCGGUUACCAGAUGAAGGAGGCAAUGGAAUACUGGGGAUAUCCAACGGAAGACGACCAAACUCCAUGGUUGAAUUGGUAAUGAUGCCUUGUAGCUUUGUAGCUGUAAUUCACGAAGGCUGAAUAACGACGUAAUUUGUUCAGCGUGGCACACACACCAAAAAACGAAAGCGUAUACGCAACGAUGGUAGAACGAUUCUAACGAGAAUCGUAUUUUCAAUAACCCUCUAGUCGCAUAUAUUUUACUGCACCAUGAAUUCCACAUGUUUCUAAGACAUUUUUAAGAUAAU